CGUGUUUCGUCGUCGGGCUGCGGGCAAGUGACGGGAGACGAGGACCGCCUACCUUGUGCUUGUGGUUUAGCGUGUGCGUGUGCCGGAAUCUGCUUCGUUAUACGAGUGUGAAAUGAUAAAUUAAUUUUUAUUCAUAUUGUAAAUAGUAUGCGUGAUUCAUGUAACUCGUACUUAGAAUGGGGAAAAAGGGACAUGGAAAAACAGCAGGAAAAGGAAAAGUUCUUGCCAAGGAUGUUAAUAUUACCAUCAGUACUUCGAAGCUGUCGCGACAGAAACGAAAUGAAUUAAACCAAAUUGUGGAUAAACUUUUAAAAGUGAGCAGCAACUUCCAAACGGUUCCAAAUGCAGCCAAAGAAUGGGAGAGACAUCUAGAAAUCCGCAAGUUACUAGAGCAAGUGGAUCAAGUCGAACAAGGGAUGAAGGUGACGCCCGAGGCCGAGAGCGCGCGCGCCGCCCGCCUGGAGCAGCUGCUGCAGUGGAUGGUGGCGCAGGGCGCUGACGUGGGCGGCGUGCGGCCCGCGCAGUUCGCCGGCUGCGGCUGGGGGCUGCAGGCGCAGCGCGACCUGGCGCCCGGGGAGCUGGUGGUGGCGGUGCCGCGCCGCCUCAUGCUCACCUCCGAGCAGGUGCAGCACUCCGUGCUCGGCUCCCUGCUGGUGAAGGACGCCAUGCUGCAGCACAUGCCCCACGUGGCUCUGGCACUGCUGCUCCUGGUGGAGAAGUUCUCCCCGGAGUCCUUCUGGGAGCCCUACAUCCGGGCGCUGCCCACCACGUACAGCACGGUACUGUACUUCACCACUCAGGAGCUGCAAGAGCUGAAGGGCUCUCCUUCCUUUGAACCUGCUUUGAAACACUGCAGAAACAUUGCUCGGCAGUAUGCUUACUUCAGCAAACUCUUCCAGAACACCAGUGAUCCAGCCAGUGAACUACUUCGAGAUGUCUUCACGUAUGACGAGUAUCGGUGAGUGGAUAUCAGUCCUCUUAAUACUUUUAUUUGAGUUUGUUAUUUUGUUAUUCUUAUUGUGUUUUUAAAGUGAAUGUGCAUUUUAAAAAUUUCUCUCCAGAGCAAGUGAGUAAUUAUUAUUGAAACAAUUCUGAUUGAUGAAUUUAUGAUCAACUCCUUAAGUGUGUAGUGGAUGAAAGAAGAAUUAAAACAUUUUUUUUAUUUAACAUUUUGGUUGAUACUAGUAUUAUUAUUAAUUUUUGGCAUGUUGUUUGUAAUUUUAUUUGUAAUAGUUUCGGUAAUAAAUAAUUAGAUCUGCUCCUUCAUUUGUUUACUGCCAUCUCUUCUUUACACAAGGUCAUAAAAGUAGCCUGAAUUCCUAUUGCAUCAUAUUUGAUUUAUCAAAUUGAAGUAAAAUUUUAAAUCCUGAAGAAAUAUGAAGUAAUGGGGUUAAUCCAGUCA